AUGACUAUAGAAAGACCGCCGGCAUCACCAUCUACAUCACCAUCGUCGCCGGCAUCCCCCAAGCACAUCUGCACGGGCACUACGCGGAUAGACACUGGCGAGACCGUCGCAUACACCUACGAGCGCUUCGACCGCCGGCGCCAGCUCCAAAAACUACUUCUGCGCAGUCUGGCGCGGUGGCUCAUUACUGUGGUUCUGUGUGCAUCCAUAUAUGGCGUGCUCAUCUCCUACUCGUCGCACGAGGCGCUGGCGCAGCGUCGCAGGCUCGAGUUCAACACCUUUGUCAUCGCUCUAACCAUUGCGCUCGGCCUCAACAUCGCCAGCUCACUCAAGGCCAACGCCGUUGAGCUUCAGUGGUGGCUGCUCAGCUUGCACCACUAUGGACCCCGGGAGGCCGACCUCAUCCUCUCCAGCGGUCACUUCACCGUCAUGCUGCAGCUAGGCUGGACCACGCGCCGCAUGCUUAUUUGGGUUUUCGUGACGCUAUUUGUCACCCUGAAUAUUGGCUCGCAAGUUGCCCUCGCUCUUCUCGGCAUCACGUACAACAUCAACCCCGCCGACAAGUUUGCCAUCACGAAGCCAGGUCUGGUAUCGAUAGCUGACCUGUCCGACAUUCAAGGCACCAAGGUCCUGGCUACGUCCGCCAAGCAUCAAAACCUGACCGAGGAUAUCAACUCGCGGCGCUACGCGGCCAACAUGUUUGGACAGAUCGGCCUUGGCUUUUCCGAGACGACCGUGGACAAGAUACCGCGGCCUGGUGCACUGUACACCUCGGAUGCGCUCUCUAUCUACUCCUCCUUUUCUCUGCCCUCUCUGCCCGACGACUCUGACUCUGACAACACCCCCGAGGCCGAGGCCGAGAACUACGGAAACUCGUAUUCGUACACGUACGUCUUCUUCGAAACAAAUGUCCUCAAUGACAGCUACGCGGGUAUCGUCGCCUCGAACCGCACCGUGACCGUCAACGCGAGCUGCGACAGCUACAAGGUCGUCGCCGGCGGCAACGGCAUGUCGACCAAUAUCACCGUGCAUUUCGACGACGGCGAUGGCCAGGUCUACCCGCCCGUGGCCAACGGCGGCUCGCAGAUCAUGUACCUGCACGACCCGGCGGCCGAGGCCAACGACACCUGGAGCCAGGUGAGCGCCUUCGAGCCAUCCGCCGACUCGCAGGCCUGGUUCUACGUCUGCCAGGUGAACCUCGGCAACGUCACCAACGGCGUCGUCCCCGCACACUACAUGGGCGCCAACUUCUCGCGGUACGUGCCGCCGGCCAUCGCGCUGCAGGGCUACGGCUCCUCCACCGACGGCCUCACCGCCAACGCCAGCACCAACUACCAGUUCCAGAGCUACCCGUCGCAGACGUACUUUGGGCGGGCAGCGCGUGGGCGCGGCGUCCGCAUGGCCGCGCUAGUCAGCCGCUACGCCAUCAACGCGCUCGCCUCGUGCGCGCUCGCCAACGCAAACGUCGACGCCCGCGGCAUGACCCCGCUGCGCGCCAUCCAGCUCGAGGUCACGCGUUGGCGCUACGUACACGUCAUCGUCGGCCUGACCGUUGGCGUCCAGCUGCUCGUCCACCUGGCCGCGGUGCUCGUGGCGAACCGCGUGCAGGUCCGCGAGCAGCGCAGCUUGGCGACCGCGUCGCUGAUUCGGCCGCUGCUGGUCGGCGUCGACGAUCGCGCGCGCGUGGCGUCGGGGAGGCAGAUUGCCAAGAUGAUUGGCGAGAACGUGACGGUGAGGUAUGAGCCUGUCGGUGCGGGCUACGAUCUUUGCAUAUAUAGAGACGGGGAGCUCAAGGGGCUGGCCCGCAGUGCCAUUGAUAGAUAG